AUGGCGGGUGUCCUUUGUCCAACGAAGGGCCUUUGCUGGACGUUCUUGGCGCGAAGUGGUCGAAGUGUCGAAUUUCGACCGAUCCUUGGUCUGGCGGUUGUGGAAAUCCGGCUCGAAGGACCAGUUUAUGUCGGAGAGCAUCCGACCGCAGUAGUGUUCGACCUCCACACGACCUUCACCAGAACCAAACUAACGAAAGUGUUUCUCUUCCUCCAGUCUCUGGCUCUAGUCGCACUACUGGCAGCGGUAGAAGCUCUGACGAAUGAUAACAUUGACAUCACAGUGGAUGUUGAUAAAGACUCGAAAACCUAUCAUCAAUUCAAAACGCGGGAAGGCUCGUUCAACUAUGGCUACAACGUCGCCAAGCAGAACUUUAACCAGUUCCAGCACAAAGUUCGCGGACCGGACGAUGUAACCUACGGGUGCUACGGAUUCGUGGAUCCCAAAAAUGGUACCCAUCUGUACCAUUACGUUUCCGAUCUGAAAGGCUAUCGAGUGGUACCGCCGAACAAGCCAACCAAAAUCUAUCGACAACGCGUGGCGGAGAGUGUAAAGCAACUGCUGGAAGCUGUGGAGGAAAAUCUGCCAUGGGAUCGGUUGUAUUUCCCUGAAGUCUGUCGGUACUUGUAUCUCAGUCAUAAGCAAUCGAACAAGUUCGUCCUUCCUCCGGACGUCGUCGUCAACGAGGAUGGCAGCGUAACAAAGGAAACCCCAGCACCGACGCAAGCCCCCAGAGAAGUGCCACCACCCCGACCAGCCCCUGCCCGGCCAACAGCUGUUGAAACAGGAGCGAAAAUUACACCCGAUGCCAGCCAGCAACAGGCGACGACAGCCAGUCGGCCAGCACCCCCAAGGGCACCCAUUCAAUACAGCCCACCUGCUGCUCCGGUGACUGCUGCUCCCACAGUCAGACAAACAAGACCUACGACAACAACUCCCCGUCCAACCGUCGCCAGCAACAGGGCCCCCGCAUUCAUUAACCAACAACCGCAGGGUCAAAGUUUUACUCCGGUGCGUGUUGCUCCUGCUCCUGCUCCGGCCACCCCCAGACCGGUCGCUCCACCAACCACCGCGGCACCGAAGCGAAUUAGUAACGAUUUCACCGGAAGCCCAUCGAAGAUUGUCGCCAAGCCAAUCGAAAGCAAACCGAUUCAGAAGCCUAGCCUAGAAGUUCGAAGACCUAACGAACCACAAGCCACGACUUACAGAGAAACCGUUCUGCCCUCCGGUAAGCCCCAGGAUCUGGAUGCCAUCCAUCAAGACGUUCGAGAAGUGAAAGCCUCCCUGAAGAAGCUUCUGGAUCACAUCUUCUCACGUAAAGCUGACUGUGAUACGCCACAUUCGAGAGCUCCGAACGGAGUGCACCCAGGAGCAGCUGUCACCCCCACCGGACAUGUCACUGCCUACCUGCCACUGGUUUUGGCAGACUUCCCAGCCGGAGCUUCAGCAGUAGCAGCACCAGCAGUCCAUUCGUCCCCCGUUGCUACGGUUCCACUGACAGGAGCUCAUCCUAGCGGAACCGUUAAGCUGGCACUGCCGGCACUUCCCGCCUACCAGCCGCCACAGUGUCCGGUGUGUCGAAGUGAUAGCUUCAAGAAGUGAAUGCUCAGUUGUAUUUAAUAUGUGUAAUAAAUUAAUUUUAAAUAAA